AUGUUAUUCAAUCAAGUGUUCAACAUUUUCCGAAAACCGCAAAACGAUGAGUCCAUACAAAAGGUAGAGUGGCGGACCUACUACCCUUACGUCAAAUCUUUUCGCAACAAUGACGUCAUUGAAAUCAACAUUAAUCAAUCCGAUGCCUAUGAUGCUUUGUACGAUAGCUUGCUAUUCAUCAGCGGAAAAGUUGAGAGGACCAAGGGAGAUGGUCAUGUGACCUUCGUGAACAAUGCUGGUGGUUUCAUGUUUCAAUCUGCUACCUAUGAGCUGAAUGGUAAAGAAUUGGAAGCAGUUCGUGAAGUUGGAAUUGUUAGUACUGUCAGAGGCUUCCUCACCUACACUGAUGAAGAUAUCAAACACUUGGCAAUCUCAGGAUGGACAUACCCCAAGAGCUUCGGCAUCAUUCAAACUACAUCUUUAACCUUCAACAUACUUAUACCUAUCAAGCGUUUCUUGAAUAUUUUCAAUGAUUAUCAAAGUGUUUCCUAUGGUAAACACACCAUCCGAUUAGUACGAGCUGGAAUGAUAGCAACUGUUUCAAAAUAG